AUGCCGUGCAUCCAGGCGUCCAGCCCCGGCAGCAUGCCGCACCAGCACCACGGCCGAGUCCUGGCGGGCGUCGGGUGCGCGGCGGAGGUGGCCGCGGCCGUCGCCGCGAGCGCGGCCGGGAUGCGGUGCGGGGCGCACGACGGCGAGGUGCCCGCGGAGGCGGCGCGGCACCACGAGCACGCGGCGCUGGGGCCCGGGCGGUGCUGCUCCGCGGUGGUGCAGCACGUGGCGGCGCCCGCGGCGGCGGUGUGGUCCGUGGUGCGGCGGUUCGACCAGCCGCAGGCGUACAAGCGGUUCGUGCGCAGCUGCGCGCUGCUGGCGGGGGACGGCGGCGUGGGCACGCUCCGCGAGGUGCGCGUGGUGUCGGGCCUCCCCGCGGCGUCCAGCCGCGAGCGCCUGGAGAUCCUGGACGACGAGAGCCACGUGCUGAGUUUCCGCGUCGUCGGCGGCGAGCACCGGCUCCAGAACUACCUCUCCGUCACCACCGUGCACCCGUCCCCGGCCGCGCCCGACGCUGCCACCAUCGUCGUGGAGUCGUACGUGGUGGACGUGCCGCCAGGCAACACCCCCGAGGACACCCGAGUGUUCGUCGACACCAUCGUCAAGUGCAACCUCCAGUCGCUGGCCACCACCGCCGAGAAGCUCGCAGCCGUGGAGGCGUGA